CUCAUACGUCGUGUUCCUUCCAUCCACGGACGUCCGAACUAUCUUUCAAUCCUUUGAGGGAAGCAACAUGUGGAGUCUCCCGUCCGGCACACGUUCUGUACGUCUUCUCGCUCUCUACACAGCGAAUGUAUUAAGGUUGCACAGGAGUCCAGGGCUGGUGGGAGAUCUUUACCUCGAUGACACCACUACAAGCCUCAUUCUUUUCCUCAAUAAUCCUUCCUGCAGCCUCGAUAUCCGUUUUUAUUCAUAUCGUCCGUCGUUUGGCAUGUACUGUCGUUUCAGUCUACCGCAUUGAAGGCUCGAGUGUCUCUUCCCCAUCGGAACUUUCUCCUGAUGAUCUUCCGGAUCUACAACACUUUCAGCAAGGCCGUCUAUAUUUCUAGCACUGAACCCUGGCUCCCGUUAUCGAAAUGCAUCCACGGGCUUCUUCCUACCACCAGAACCCGAAAUUGAGGGCAUCUUGCGAUACGUGUUUUCUUGCGAAAGUCAGAUGCAGCAAAGCUCGCCCACUGUGUUCUCGAUGCCUAGUGUUUGGGUCAGAUUGCAAGUACAGCCCAUCUUCUCGAGCGGGCAAACCAAAGUCAGACGGCAACGGGAGUCGGCCUAGCAGAUCACAAGACUCAUCGAUAUCGGAAGACUCCCCCAGUGUUAAUUAUCAAUUACCGUUGAUGAACAUUGAUACCGAGGACCCAACAACUUAUUUCCUAGGAACAGACUGGUCGACAACACCAACAACUGAAGUAGACGGAACAGCGAAUAGGUGUUUGAUACCACCGCCGGUCAUGCUAAUAACCGGAGACCAGAGUGGAUCUGAAGCAAGCAGUUCGCAGGGUAAUGCGGAUCUACAAGACCCAGUUAUAUAUUGGACGAAUAUACCGCCGACAGACAUCACUUCGCCCUACAUUGAUAACCUUCUCCAACUACAACCAGAGUCCAUGGCCGACGAUUCGGACCCAUCCUCUGUAGCGCCCUGGUUUGAUCAGACAGACUCCAUCCAUUUUUCGAACUCUGGUUCUUCCGCUCCUCAACUCAGUCCAUUGAUUGACCUCUUCCUGGAUGAGUGUUUGGCCAGGACCGCGACUUGUAACUGCUUCAAUACCUGUCUCCAAGCACUCCAGAAACUGUGCAACUUCAGCUCUGUACCCCCAGCUUCGUCUUUCGAUAUUGUUUUGGACAUCAACCAGAAAGCUAUGGAGACAUGUUCAACGACACUUAACUGUCCAAUAUGCAACUCCCAAACCGACUCCAGCCUAAGGACCAUGCUCUUAGGGACCAUCCUUCAGAGAAUCAUUUUGAUCUACCAAGACACGUCGAAGAAUUACUUUCGACCCAUGUCUGGAUCAGGCAAUCAACUUCAGCCAAUGCCGCUGACCUUUGGUAUCUACCGAGUCGCCAGCGAAGAUAUCAGAUGGUUGCAGUUGGUGAUUGUUCUACGGGACCUGAAGAAGUUCAAGGGUUUGCUCACAAAGUUUCAGGAGACAUUGAUGGAGAGUGAGUCAAGAAAGGGUGUUGAAAUGCACAGUGCUGUUACACAUCACUUGUAUCAGAGUUUGCAUCUCACGUGCGAGACACUGAAAGAGCACAAGAACGUCGCGUGGGGGCAAAUUGGUUGAACUUAUGAAUACUUCUAAGUUGAGUGUUUGUUAAUUCUUCAAGUAUUUCUAUGCGCUCUGUUGAACAUCACGAGGCCUUGUUAGAUUACUUUCUCCUUUUCAUUAGGAAUGGUGGGACUCGCUGAUAUUGACGCAAAAUAUACGGGGUGUUGGGCUACAGGCGUUCUAGAAUAAUGAUAAUGACCUGGG